AUGAUCUGUCGCCAUGGAGAGACCCGCAACGUCGCCGAUCGCACACGUCGCCGGCGAUGGUCGCACACCUCCAUCGUCGUCGCGUGCACUGACUCUACAGCCAGCGGCCUCCGUCGCCGCGUCCAGCGGCCUCCGUCGCCGCGUCCAGCGGCCUCCGUCGCCACGUCCAGCGGCCCUCGUCGCCGCGUCCAGCGGCCUCCGUCGCCGCGGCCACAGCCGCCGCCGGCAGCCAUUGCUGCCUUUUCCCGCGGCCAGAGCCGCCGCCGGCAGCCAUUGCUGCCUUUUCCCGCUGCCACAGCCAUCGCCGAUAGCCGCAACAGCCCCCUCACGCGUCUACUGCCGCUGUCUUUAGUAGAUACCGUCACCUUCCAGGUAGCCGCAGCUUGGUACUAUUUGAGUAAUUCCGGCCAUCGCGCCGAGCCGCCAAGAUCGUCUUCUUCCUCGUCCUCUCACGACUCCUCGCCAACACUGCCGCCGGCCAUCACCUUCGCUUUUCUCCAUCUCCUCCUCUACUCUCCCUCGCCUCCGGCUGCCACCUCUCUUCUCCUCCUCUUCUCGCCGCAACCGACAGCAGGAACAGGGAGAGUUUCUUCUCCCUAUCCAGCCGCCACCCUCGAGCGACAGCCAACGACGAUCGCCUUUCUUCUUCCUCUCCCUCUUCUCCUCGCGACGCCGGCCAUAGCCUUCUUCUUCCUCUCUUCUCCCACUGGACACGCCGUCGCUGGGGGAGCGUUCUUCCUUCGUCGAGUUGGGCUCCCGCCGCCAACAGGAACCAAGGGGCUUCUUCGUGCGGGCAUAGCGUCGCCAACAGCUUCUUCCUUCUCACAGAUGACGACGAAGUCGCCGGACAAACCGACAGCCACCUCCCCCUCCUCCUCCCCGCGUAUCGCCGUUGCCGGAUCGAAAGUCGUCCUCUCCUCCUCCCCUCGUGUCGCCACUGCCGAACCGACAGCCUCCCUCUCCUCCUCUCCGCGCGGACGCUGCCACGUGUCGACAACCUUCGUCUCCCUCCCCUAUGACCGGCCGGCGCCUCUGUUGUCGGUCACCGCCCUUCAGACCGCCGAACAGCCAAGCGAUGUCUCGCCAGUGGUCUCCUCCAGGACGCCGCAGCGCUAUCUCUCGUAUCGCUUCACUAUAGGACAUCUCCAAACCAUUCGCAUUGUCAUUCGCGUUAGCUGUGGGUCGGGCUUCCGGGCCUCCACCGCCAGUGGACUCCGAUCUGAUUGUGCUUCGUCUUAG